AUGUGGAGUGGCUGUGACAGCAGCAGCAUCCCUGAAGCAAAAAAAGCAGUCUCUAGAGCGCACAAAGUCAGGCUGCUAUCACUCGGCUGGGGAGUUCGAACCCGGCUGGAUAAAAACUACUUGGUGCGGAACUCGUAUCUUUUUCGCCCACCGUGGGGGGCCCGCACCGGUCGGGUCGGGCCAGGAGCCCGGGCGCAAGUUUGGGGGCGCAGCGGGGGCGGCGAGCGCGCGUCCCCCCGCCCGCUCAGGCAGCGUAGAGGUGCGAGCAGCUCAGCCAGCCUUGCAGAGGGAGCUCUCGGCAGCUCUGGGGUCCCUCUGCUCUCAGCCGCUGCAGCGCCGCCUGCGCCACUCGGCGGAGACGAAGACCAGCGGCGGCGACGCGCGGACUGGGAGCGACCGCCGAGCAGCCAAGCAGCUGGGGAGGCACGCAGGGCGGCAGGCUGCUGUCUCCGGCCCCCUGAACCCGUACAGGGUUGGGGAAGUGGGGGUGGCUGGAGGAAGCGCGCGCGGGGCAAGCCAGUGGGGCUGAGGAGGCUCCCGUGCCCGGCCCCGCCCAGUCUCCGCCCCAGCCAGGCCCGACCCGCCCUCCGAACGUCUUACAGCUGCCCGCCACCGAGUAAGGCCGGGUCGGUUCCCGCGCGCUCCCAGCUCCGUGCCCGCGAGCUACGACUGGAAGGGCUGUCCUUGCUCAGCGGCUUUUGGUGAUGUCUCCGCCCUAGAAGAGGGCCACCUAAAAGCGGGUGCGAGAGAAGAGUGGGAGGGCCUCCUCUUGGUGUCCCCAGGCCACCUCAGCCCGGAGAGGCGGCGGAAGACCAGACUUGAUGCUUUAACACGUUCAUAGCAGUCGCUUUUUACUGAAAGGAGUUUCUGUAUUUAACGCUGUGUAAUUCUGUGGAAACGUGCAUUUCUUGUCUUUGCGGGAGAGCUGUUCUCUGUGGGCGGAGACCUUCAGUCCCACCCCUCCCCAGGAGGCGCCUGCGGACCCUUUCCAACCUGCAGUCACGUUGACCAAGAACUGAUUGCAAGGAGCUGGUGGCUCUGGGAUGAGAGCUUUUUGGUACUUACAGGGAAUAUGACUCUUCCCUUAGAUAUCAAAUGGACCCAGCAUCUAGGGAGCAGCUUCUGGUCCAUCUAGCUGACCGUUCUGUUGUGCGAAUGCUGGCCCAAUAACAUACUCUUUUUUUUUCCCCUAAAGGAAUAAAAAAUCUGUACUUUUAA